AUGGUGAGGGACCCCUGGGACCCCCAAGAUGGGGGAGACCAGAGCUGGGGACCCUCAGGAGGAGGGAGAGCAGUGAGGGGGGACCCCUCGGAGCCUGGAGCUGGGGGGAGCUUGGAGUUGGGGGACCCCCGAAAUGGGGGAGACCAGAGUGGGGAGAAGCCCUGGGAGGGGGGUGCCUGGAGUGAGGGGACCCUCGGGACCCUCGAAGCCUGGAGCUGGGGGAAGCUUGGAGUUGGGGAACCCCCAAGAUGGGGUAGAUUGGAGAGGAGGGGACCCCUGGGACCCCCUGGCCCACCAGGACACCCGGGAGGGAGAAGAUGA